GUGGAGUCUCUUCUUAGUAGAUGCCAAAAUGUAGUAUAUAUAUAAGACCAUUACUCCCCCUGUUAAUGUAAUUACUCUACUUUAAUUUUCUAUACAUUCUAAUUAUAAUUAUAAUUAUACUACAUUCGAUAAAAAUGAACUCAAUUGAACAACUCCAAGCUUUUCAAAACAAUUGGGCUACUCAAUUGGUUCAAUGUCAAUCUAAAACUUCUAUUGCCAUGAAUUAUUUGGAUGAUUCCAAAUUAUUGUCUGAAAAAGAAUUUAAUAUUACCAAUAGUACAAUUCAACUGUUAUUAUCUAAAAUUCAAUCAGGACAAUUAACAUCAUUUGAAGUAUUAAUAUCAUUUAUUAAGAAAUCUUUACUUAUUAAUGGUAAUUCAAAAGUUAACUAUACCAAUAUCUCAGAAGCUUUAUUGAGAGCUCAAUAUCUUGAUUUCUAUUAUAAAACAUAUGGGAAAACAUUGGGGAAAUUCCAUGGUUUACCCAUUGAUUCUAAACAAUUAAACAAAUUUCAAUCCGUAAUAGGAUUAUCUGAUGCUAAUGAUACUACAAUUGGUGAUAAUGGAGUUAUUAUAAUCAAGGAUUUGCAUAUACCUUUAGUCAUUAGAUCACAACAACCUAAUACUAGUACUUAUCCUAUAAGUUCUAAUACUACAACCUGUUACUCAAGAAGUUUUCAGGCUCGAUUACCUUCUCUGAUUAAGAUUUAGAUAUUGAUGAUUACAUCAGACUAAGUCAGUUCAAUUCAAUUAUAUUAGAUUUUAGUUCUUUCUUUACUUUAUUUGUUUAUUGCUUGCAAUUACACACCGGUCACUUUUGGAGUUCAUUAUUUAGUUAUUUAUUUUACAUAUAUACC